AUGGCAGGUCAAAGGCCUCCACUCUUUCCCUUAGCAGAGAAUGUUCCCCCAAGAGAGGAAUCCGGCACUCCCCUCACUCCACCUCUUGCCUAUGGCAUCCAGAUUCCCAGGCUGUCGUCUCUUCUUCAACCGAACACCAGGGGGCCAAUCCAGGAGGUUGAUGAUGGGGACAAGUUCGAGCGCACGCAGUACCUGGUCACCAAGCGGCAGAAGCAAGGGCUCCAGAUCAUCAUGGAGCACUUCUCGUACCCGAAUGUCAGUCACGUGAUCGGGGCCCUGGGCUCGGGGGGGCUGCUUCGGAGAGCAGAGGUAGACUGGAAAGCUGGGGCUGCAGCCUUCCUUACGGUUGCGGACAGGCAGCUGCGGGAAAGCAUGGGGCAGCGGCAGCUUUUGAGGGCAGCCCUCCAGCAUGCGGAAGCAAAGGAGAGGGAAGCGAGGGAGCGCCUGCAAGAGUCAAUUCGAGCUGCUCAAGCAGCGCAGAGAACGAAUGAGAAGAUUCUUGAGGUAGAGCGCCAGCGUAUCGCACUUCUUGAGGACAAGUUGCAGCGCCUUGGGCGUUCCGCAGUUGGGGCAAGUCAAGAAGGGGGGCCGUUGGGGGCUGCAAGCGAGGGGGCACCGCAAGCAAAACGCACGCGCAAUUUCGGAGCCUUCCGUGACUCCUUUGAGGGGCAGCCCUUGAAUUUCCGGGGGGCAAGGAAAGGAGCCGUGGAACCGCGCCAGCAAACCCGACGCAACUCUGCCAUUCGUCAGAUCCUCAGCAAUGCUUUGAAAAGCAUCCAGCGUGUCGUGGGGAGCUUUGCACUGACGGGAGAUACGCAAGCUCAUUUGAAGGCCAUCGCGCGAGCCUUGCAAGUUGCGAGCGGAGGGAGAAGUUUGGUAGCGGACCCCAGCUUCCUGGUGCCUGAGCGCACGCGCCUUAAGCAAGACAAGGAGACGCGAAAGACGCUUCUGGGCAGCAUGUACGAUCCGGAGGCCUGGAUCCAGCUUUACGACGACUACAACAUCACUUUCAAGUCUGGGCGAGGCAUUGGUGGGAUCCUCCCUCGGGGUGCCAAGCCGAAUGACAACAAGCUUCUUGCCACUAAGAAGUACCUAGAUGAUCUGAUGGUCGAGAUUCUGCCUAUCAAGCCCACUGCAGGAGGAAAUGGGCACAUGGUGUCUGCAGCAUCUGUCAUGGGUCUGACGCUACCCUUCUACUACGCAAAGAUGGAGGACAAGGCCAGAGCUGCGGCCGUUGCUGAAGCUGAACUCGCCGGCGUGGAGUUGGAUCCAGAUGAGCCACUUAGCAUGCUCUUUGACGUCAACAAGACUGGAACCCUAGAAUCAGUUUGGGCAGCUGCUUUUGACGCCCGCAACCAGGGCCCGAAUGACUGGACAACCUGGGUGGUCAGUCCUAAGUUCGACAAUCUGCCGGAGUACUGGCAAAGCCCUCGCCACUGCCACACCAUCAUGGAGGCUACUGGGAAGGACAAGGUCAAGAACAUCAAAAGCGAUAUGCUGGACACCAUUGGCGAACUGCAGAAGUUGUACGACGGCGGUUGCAAGAAGCCUGGGGGCACUCUGUUCGAGACGGUCGUUCACCAUGUGCGCAGACAGUGCAGGGCUCACUUGCGCUUUCCGUCUGACAUGGCCUCCCAUUGGAGUCUUACACAGGAUGGCGGAUCUGCUGGUGGGGCGACAGCGACAUUCUGCCACCGAUGCAACUGUCAAAAGCACCAGCUUACGUGCUGCUUCGUCAGGUACAAGGUGCAGAAGGACGAUACGUUGGAGAGCCUCGCUAGAGCCCAACGGGUAACAGUCGACCUCCUAACUUACGUAAAUGAUCGAUCUGACGCCGCCACCAAGAUGUUCAAGCCUGUGCAAGGUCCCAAGGGGGUGAUCAGCAGUGACCCCAUCUGCACCAACAACGCGUGGACGCUGGAGCAGUCCAAAGGUGCCGAUCAAGGGUGGGCCCCAGACAUCGACGUGUCUGCGUUGGAUCCAACGAAGGCAAUUCUUGACCAGACCGCAGGAAGAUACCUGCGGAUCUUCAUCAGGUGGCCGUGCAACCGGGAGAAUCCGGACGCGUUCCUGAAGUACGACCACCUCCACUCCCCGUACUGCAUGGAGCACGCGGUUCAACGUAUCACUGAGUUCCUGCUCCACUUCGUCCACGCGCGGGCGGAGAGCAUGAAACGGGUGGACCAGCUGAAUCAGAAGUGGUCGGACCUGCAUACGAACUAUCGCAUGAACAUGAACCCCAAGGCCGCCGAUGGGGGUUCAAAAUACUACGCUCCAAGCUGCACGGGUGGCAAGGCAAAAGCCCUCAUCAGGACUGCUGACGCUUGGCUUCCUAUUAUCCUGACUGAACGGGACACGGCCGCGGUGCCCGAGAUCUGGGCCACGUGGAAAUCUCUUGUUUUGACAGGUCGCUCGUUCCACCCUACGGAAGCUGAGAUUGAGAAGUUCUGCAGCGACGCUAUGUUUUUCUUCCUCCGUGUCGUGACUACUCUGGACGACGCCCACUUUUCCUACUACAUGCACACCAAUUCUUUCCAUGGUCCCGAUUUCCUGGUGACUCUUUUGUCACUCGAGAAGUGGAUGCAAGAGGGUGCUGAGGCACAACAUCUCAUUGCCGAUCUCAUCUACCGGAUGUCCUUCAAAGGUGGCACCCCGGGGCAGGUUUACACCAAGAAGAACGAAGACGGAACCUACAACAAAACCGACGGAAGGCAGACGGAUCAGAAGUCCCAAGUCUUCACCCUGUACCUGAUGCAACGGUGCAACAGGCUUCUCUACUACACGUUCGGGCCAUUCUGGGACCCGAACAUCGUCAUGGAUGCACGGCAUAAGGUGCACGCGAGGCGGCUGGAACUCCUGGCAAGUGCCGAUGCUGCAGUCAGAGACACGGCGGUCUCUCUCGCUGACGCAAAAGCUGCCGCAGACGCGGCAGCUCUGGCCGCCACGAUGGCGUCCGCGGCACCUGCUGUCCCCGAUGCCCGCGCAGAUGAGAGCAGUGGGGAGUCAGAUCCUCGCACCAGUUCCAGCGCACCCCCAGAGAUUCGUGAGGCAGCCCGCAGCACCUGGGCGGCGCUUGCAGCCGCAAAGUUGGCAGCGGAAGCAGCGGUUAAGCUGCGUAAGAAGGCAAAGUUGGCGUCUGACCUCUCCGCUGCGCAUCUGGACCGCGCCAAGUCUCAAGCUGGCGAGCUACCAGAGAUUGAGAUCGACGACAGCAUUGAGGAAGAGCUUGUGGAGCUAGACGCCAUGAUGGAGAGCAGCGCCACGCGGGGCGCUUCAGCGAAUGUUUCGGAGGGGCAGGCGGCCUGCAUGGAGUGUGGGGAGACCGCAAACUCGGAGUUAGAAUGA